UGCAGCCAUAAUGAAGUUGAAUGUGGUUCUUCUUCUAUGUCUGAGUGGUGUUGUGCCAAUCACCUUCUCAGUUCAGCAAACUACCCAUCUGUUUUUCAUCAAUCAGGCAGUGUCAUGGCCUGAUGCUCAGAAGUACUGCAGGACGAAGUACACUGACCUGGCGAGGGUAAAGGACCCUAGUGUUCUGGUAGAGCUAAAUAAAAUGGCAGCAAGUAGAGGUUUAACAUUAUGGCCUCUCUGGAUUGGACUGUACAACGACUUUUACAAUUGGCGCUGGUCUUUUAAUAACAUCUCACAGACUAGUACAAACCUAACACUUUGGUACCCUGGAGAACCUGAUAAUUAUGUCGGGCAUGAAUCAUGUGGAGGAGUCUAUGUGGCUGGGAACUGGGCAGACUGGGACUGUGCACUGCAGAAACCCUUUAUAUGCUACAGUGCUGGUAACAGUGGUGCUGCCAGAUUCAUUGGAGUCACUAAUCCCCGUGUGAACUGGUCUCAAGCUCAGACUUACUGCCGAACAUAUUACACUGAUUUGGCCAGCGCACUCACCCAGGCAGACAAUGACCUGUUAGCACAGAUAGUAUCUGUCCAGGGCUAUUCCUGGUUCGGUCUGUAUCGGGAGACAUGGAAGUGGUUGAAUGGAACAGUGGCAUCAAACCUCCAGUGGAAUCCUGGAAAGCCUAAUAACGCUAAUCCUCAGGAGAACUGUGGGGUUUUGAUAAACGGACUGUUUAGUGAUGAAAGGUGCACCAGUGUGCACUACUUCUUCUGUGAAAUCAUUCCCCCAGUGAGGUGGCAGAUAAUGAAGCUGCAGAUCUCCAUGCAGUCUGAUGGGAAUGUGUUUGAUCCUGUUGUUCAAGCUUCUAUUUUAGAACUGACUAAGCAGAAACUGGAACAACAUGGCAUGCUGGGGAACACUACUAAAGUGACCUGGAGAGUGCAGCCAGAUGGAAACAUCUUUCAAAAGAAAAAAAAUAUAGUGUGAACAAACAUCUCUAUUGCCACUUCGUAAACAGAAACUCUUAAUACUCUUAAUUUCCUAGAAGUGUUACCUGAUAUAAUGCAUGUAUAUAACUUCUGUUUCCAUGUCCAAACUCAGACCAACUACAAAGCAACAAUCAAGCAGUGAGUUCCUACUCACUUACUAACUAAAUAACUUUACAGAACCAAUGUACAGAACAAAUCUGUCAACGUUUAAAUAUCAACAAGCUCAAAUUUUGAGCAAUAUUAUAUCUUAAAAAUGGAAGAAUGCGGCACAAUUUUUAUUACUCAUUUAUU